CGGCCAGUACAGCUACUGGAAAAGUCUGUUAACGUGUCUGGGGAUGGAGCAGAAAUCCUCCAGGAACAUCUCAAUGAAGCUGUCCUGGAGCUGCAAAUGUUUCAAUGCUGUGACUAGCAUCUCCGUCUCAGAGGCUAGUGCAGAAAGAAGGCAAAAAAAAUGCACUCACGACGAAAUGUUCUCUGAGCUCACGCAGUCCACCCAAACUGAAAGAGCCCAGCAGAAUGUGUGGAGGCAGACAAUGGCAGAGUCCAAGAAAGCACAAAAUGAGCGCGAGGACAGGAGGGAUGUGCGAGAGGACAAGUGGUGGGAGCAACAGGAGUGGUGGCGGGAUCAAGAGGAAAGGUUCUGGUUCUGCAUUUAG